AUGCUCCUUAACGCUACCAUCCCUCUGUCUGUGGACUUCGACACUCUGGAGGACUUCCUCAUCUUCAUCUUCCAUAUUUUGUUUGCCACCAGCGCCGUGCUGGUCGCCGGCUCGGUGGUCGUCGGGAUAUCCUCCACCCGUUCUCUGCGAGGUCAGAACCGGUUUAUAUUCAUGCUGAACACGAGCAUCAGCGACACUCUGACCGGCUUCUCGGUCUACUACCUCGGCCUCUUCGACGUCCAAGAGGGCUAUCCCUCGAGGAACGGAACCUACUACAUUUUACCCUCAUUCCUAGGUGUCAAUGUGUUAACCUUCCUCUUUGCUCAGUUUGACCGCUACUUAGCCGUGUGCCAUCCAUUCUUUUACAACCGCUACAUAACGAGAUCUUUUGUGUUUGGAAUUUGCGCGUUUUGUUGGAUUUACACCUACACCAUCCUCACUGUGCAGAAUAUGGUGCCCAUUUCAAAGGCGGCUCAAAUAAACGCGUUUGGUGUGAUGACUCUACAGAUUAUAGUUCUCAUUAAAGUGGUGAUGACAGUUCAGUUAUACAUCAUAGCCAGGAGCCACCUGGUGAGAGAGGCGCCCAGUGCGGAGAGAGACAACAAGAAGGAGUCGCUGCGCAUCAUUGUGUUUGUGGUUAUAUGCUUCUUGGCUCUUUGGGUUCCGUCUUUUGUCAAUAUCAUUGUCAGACAGUUGACGAGGGGAGGUCUGAGGUUUAGGAAUGAAGCCACUAACCUGUUCGCCAUCAUGGCACGCCUGAAUGCGCUGGUGACCCCGGCUCUGUACAUCUGGGGCAGCCCGACGCUGCGGGAGGCCGUGUGGAGAGCAGUGUGGCGGAGGGUCUGCCCCUGCAGGAGGGCAAGGUGA